GAAAAACUUAAAUGUAUGAGUGUUUCUUUUCCUACACGCAAAACUCUCUUGCGCCGCCCGCGUCUCUCUCUCUUCGCUUGUUAUCUCUUUCCACUCUCUGUAGAAACACAGAACCCUAAUCAUCAAAAUCUCAAGAUGAAUCGCGAGAAGUUGAUGAAGAUGGCCAACACUGUCCGCACUGGCGGCAAGGGUACAGUUAGAAGGAAGAAGAAGGCUGUGCACAAGACCAAUACAACUGAUGACAAGAAGCUCCAAAGCACCUUGAAGAGAAUUGGUGUUAACUCCAUUCCAGCUAUUGAGGAAGUUAACAUCUUCAAGGAUGAUGUUGUUAUUCAGUUCACCAACCCUAAGGUUCAAGCUUCAGUUGGUGCAAACACAUGGGUUGUUAGCGGUUCUCCUCAGACCAAAAGUACGCAUCUUAUUCAUCUCUAUUUUUUUUGUUUCUUAUUCAUUGCGUCUUUUGUGAUUAAAUAUAAAACUUGUUGUUGCUUUUCUGUAGAAUUGGAAGAUAUCCUUCCUCAGAUUCUCAGCCAUCUAGGACCAGACAACAUGGAGAAUCUGAAGAAGCUAGCAGAGCAGUUCAAGAAGCAAUCUCCUGGUGGAGGUAAUGUCCCAGCAACCAUUCAAGAGGAUGAUGAUGAAGACGAUGAUGUCCCGGAACUUGUAGCUGGGGAGACAUUCGAAGCCGCUGCUGAAGAGAAAGUAGCUGCUGCUUCUUCUUAAGACAAAAAGCGAAGAGACCACAACAACAGCAACAAAAACCGCACUUAUGAGUUUUACAUAUCAUUAUUAAUGUUUGCUCGCUCGAUCCUCUUUUUGUAGUGUUUCCUACCAGAUUCUUGUUUCCCAGAUAAUGAUUCAAGGUUUUUAUCCAGUUGA